AUGUGGUCUCGACUACUACUCCUGUUCCCAAUUUUUGCAUGCUCGCGGAAGACGACCAUCAAGAGAAUCGCUAAUGAUGAUCGGUGCAGAUUUGACGGCGAUUUCUACGACGUCUGGUCGCAGUGCCAAUGUGUUUCCGUUCCCACGCCGUCAGCCUAUCCCGAGCAGUCAUCGCCACUUCACAUCAUGUGCCGUCACUCGUCGUCAGCGACAGUACCGCAGCUACCGAGUGUCGAGAGCACUAAAGGACCCCCUCCGCAUAUUGUCGCGCUUUCAAUGUCCGACGGCUCAAUGGCGUUCAUUCAGCAGGAUGCGUUCAAGCAUCACGAUAUUCAGACACUCGAUUUCUCGAACAAUCAAAUUCAAACCGUCAACGUGAACGCGUUUCGGGGUCUUGAGAUGAAGCUCACCCAACUCGACCUAUCGCACAACAAUCUUUCGGUGAUUCCAACAUGGGCUCUCACAUAUCUCCAUAGCCUUCAAGUGCUCCAUCUGGAGAACAAUCGAAUUGACGUCCUCCGAUCGAACACGUUCGACGAGACCCAACUCAACAAUCUUCAAUUCCUCUAUUUGGAGAACAAUCAGCUUCGUGUGAUACCGAAUCUCGCGUUCAAUCACCUCAAAUUGGUGGUGCUGAUGUUGGCGAAUAAUCGGAUCACCGAAAUCCAAAAAAUGGCUCUACCGCAUACGUUGAAUUUUCUCGUUCUUCGCAACAAUCUGCUCACACAAAUCCCAUAUUUGGCGUUGAACGAUCUCAAACACUUGCAGUCCAUCGAUCUCGAGGGCAAUAAUAUCACAAAUCUCGUCGACAAUGACGAGGUCGUUUUCGACAACGAGAUGAAGCUCAUUCUACGAAACAACAAAAUCAAGCGGCUCGAUAAGCACUCGUUUCGAAGUUUCCGCAAAAUUCGCGAGCUCGACAUUAGCUACAAUCAAAUUCAAUCCGUCGAUGAUUCGUGCUUCGAGUCCGUCGGCCAUAUGCAAUCGCUCGAUUUGAGCUACAAUCGGAUCGCCUAUUUGCCGAGGGGAAUGCUCAAAAAUUUCGCCAAAACAAUGAAAAAGCUGAACAUCGCCGAGAAUCUCAUUCACACCACUCCAGAAGCGCUACGUGAUUUGAGGAAUCUAACCCAUAUCAAUUUGAAUGGGAAUAAGUUGUCAAGAAUCGAUGGCCAAAUGCUUCGAGGAUGUCGUGAGACACUUGUCGAGCUCCUUCUAGCCAAUAAUCACAUGGAGCACAUUCCAAGCGGUGUGCUCGGCGGAAUGAAGGCUCUCGAGCAUCUCGACGUCUCCAAAAAUCGCAUCAAAUCUUUGAAGAAGUCGAACAUCGAACUGGAGGAAGUGACAAGCGUCAGAAAGCUGAAUCUCGCCGGAAAUCGAAUCGCCAAUCUCAGCGAUGUGCACCUCUUCGAGCACAUGCCCCAUUUGACAUACGUCGACAUCUCAUUCAACCGGAUUCGAUUCUUCUCGCCAAGUGUCUUCGAGAAGCUCAAAUCAUUGGAGAGCUUGUUCCUUCAGAACAAUCAGCUGAAGCACUUCCCAUCGCUCUUUCGCCUUGAGAAGCUUCGACAUCUGAUGCUCGACAACAAUCAUCUUCGAAAAGUUGACAAUUUCUCGCUAGCUGAUAUGCCGAAGCUUCAGCAUCUCUCAUUGGCCGGCAACAAUCUCGAAGUGAUCACCGAGAAUAUGUUCAGCGCCAGCAGCUCGUCGCAAUUGAAGAGCCUCAAUCUAGCACACAACAAGAUCGCCGCGAUUUCGAGUCGCGCGUUUGCCGACCUCGAGAAUCUGCAGCAACUUCGUCUCAGCCACAACGAGAUCCGCUCGAUUCCGUCGAUGGCGUUCGCCAAUCUACGCAAUCUUCGCUAUCUCGACAUAUCGCAUAAUCGGAUCAUCAAGAUUCUUCCGAGCGCUCUCUAUCAGCUUCCCGCACUCGACGUGCUCCAUUUGAAUCACAACAAUUUGAACGAGAUCGAUAGGGAUGCGUUUAGGGCGUUCAACGAUCUCCAACACUUGAAAUUGUCUCAUAACGCGUUCCGCAAAUUCAAUUGCGACUAUCUCGGAAGCAUCACCCAAGUGCAUCAUCUCGACAUCAGCCACAAUCAGAUCAGCAGCAUCGAUAUUCCAUGCAUCGCGCGCGGACUCCGCAAAUUGAGCCUCUCAUCGAACAACGUCGAGAAAAUCGGGCGCAAAUUGUUUCAAGACGCCGCCGAGCUCAAUUUCGUCGACAUUUCGCACAACGGCGUCAUCGACGUCGACAGCGACGCGUUCGACGAAUGCGUGAAGUUGUCAACAAUUCUGAUGUCGCACAACUAUAUAAGGAAUCUUUGGAAGGGCACGUUCAAGUAUCAGGAAAAACUGCAUACCGUGGAUAUAUCGCACAACAACAUCCUUUUCUUACAUCAAGACACUUUCGGAAAGAAUAACUUACUAGAUCUUCAUGCGAAUAAUAAUAAGAUCUCAAGGAUCCCAGUGGAAGCAUUAUCCUCGACGAGCUCAUCCGUCCACCUUCUAGACCUUUCCUUUAACGCAAUCAAAAGUGUCGACUCCGCACAGCUCACCAAUCUCAACAACAUUUCCGUCCUUUCAUUCGCAAACAACAAAAUCGAUUCGAUCGAGGAUGGAGCGUUCGAGCAUCUUCUGAGCCUCAAGAACCUCGACCUUUCCAACAAUCCGGUGACCUCAUGGAGCCCGACAGCUUUUCGCGAUCUGAGCCAUUCGAUCAGCUCCAUCAAUAUCGCCAACACCGGCCUCUUUUUCGUUCCGAAAUUCGGCCAUCGCUCAAUUCAAUCGCUGAAUAUUAGCUGGAACAAGAUCUACGAGAUCUCCGAAAAGGACACCGCGCCGCUGACAAAACUCGUCUCGUUGGACAUCGCGCACAACAAUUUGAAAGCGAUUCCGCCGACGGCUCUCGAGAUCCUCCACCAUUUGAAACAUCUCAACAUCUCAUCGAAUCCGAUCACCCAUCUCCACAAUGAGCACAUACAGUACCUCUAUCAGCUCGAGACCCUUCAUAUUUCCGAUAUGCCGCUGCUUCUAAGGCUGCCCGAUGCUCGAGCCUACAGGCAUCUCAGCAAUCUCAAGAGCUUCUCAUUGUACAACAUUCCGGGCACCGCGUGGCCGUACGAGAUUCCAAUGAUUCUCGAGCACCUGCCGCCAUUGCAUUCGUUGCACGUCGACAUCAAGGAGAGCCGUCUCGACAGGCAGCUGUACGGCGCCGACACUCGCCUUCUAAGGCAUCUGACAAUCAUGGGAAGAAAUAUAAGCAAGAUCGACGUCGGCGCAUUCGCGACGAUCCGCGGCUUUCGCGUUCGCAUCGAAGUCCACAACACCUCAAUCGACGAGUUCCCAUCAAAAAUCUUUGAUACACUAACAGGAGUCUCAAUUCUUUCACUCAGUCUCACCAACAAUCGCAUCAAGACCAUCAAUCCAUUCAUCGCAACAAUACCGCCAGUGGUGAAUCAACACGGCACAAUUCUACAUUCCCUCGAGCUUCAGAACAAUCCGAUCAUCUGCGAUUGCAAUAUGCGCUGGGCGGACGACUUCAUUCGCGUGACGUCACUUCUAACCGAUUCAACGCCAAGCGAUUUCGAGCGCGUCGAAUGCCUCGACGACGCCACGCCGAACAGUCUCACGGUGGCGGCGAACGAGUUGUUCUCGUAUCAUGAGAAGGUCACACUGUUCUCAAAGAAGGACGAGCUUCUCGAUGAGUGCUCAACAAAAUCGACGAGCCAUCGGUCGUCGAUAACCGGCCUCGUCUGCCUUCUAGUCAUAAUUCAACUAUUUUAA